AUGGCUCGGUCCCACUCGAGCUCACCCCUGGCGUCGGGUCGAAGUGAGGAAGAGCUGCCACUCUAUGAUUUCGGUGACGGUGGCUCUCCGCGUUGGAAUAAACCACAGUCCCGACUAUCCCGCUGGAGAGCGGCGCACCCAAACCUCUCGUUCUUCGGCUCUGCAGCCAUACUCGGCGCGCUCUUGUAUUUCUCCUUCUCCGCCCUUGCGCAUUUACUUUUGCCACCAACACCUCCACCACCCAUUCCGACAUGGAAUUCACAACACACCCAACCAGCGAACGCCUCGAGUGAUUUGGAACACGUAGAGACGACGACCGCACCAGAUCUUGCCUCGGACGUAUCUGUGAGCGCGACGCAGGAUUUCCUGCCUUCGCCUGGUCAGAUCCCGAGCCACCUCCUUGACUACUACCGUCUGGAGCUCGAUGAGAUCACGGCUUUGGUCGCCCGCUCCGACGGCUUCUUUGCGCGCGACUACAGUCUGUGGUUGGGCUGGAACAACAUGCGAUACAUCAUCGACGCGGCAUUCAUUCAGGCCCGCCUGCUCAAUCGCACGCUGAUCCUGCCUUCGUUCGUGUACGCUCGUGCAUGCGAGUAUAGCCUGGACGUAUGCGCGGACUUCGCGACUAUGGUCAAUAGAGGAGACGCCAUGCACGAUGAUCAGUGGCGCGAUCUCCCCUAUGAGGAGCAAAUGGGUUACCGCAUUCCUCUGCCCAUCAUGCUCAACAUCACCGCGAUGCGCGCCGUGCAUCCCGUCAUCCUCGUUUCGGAUUACCUUCGCCUACACGGGCUGCCUGAGGACAUCGAAUCGGGGCGGGGUCAGUGGGACCGCGAGGCAUACCACACGCAUGCACCUGUAGAUGGGAGCGCCACCGACGCGCCGGAUCUGUUCGUCAUUCAAAACGGAUGGUACGACCCGACGGGUAUCAGCCGUGUAGACGUUCUUCCCGAGGACAUGAAAGCGCGCGGCGGAUGGACGCCCAGUCCACUCAACGUUAACGGGACGGCUGGACAGUGGGAGGAGCGGCAGGAGGAUGAUGUUGGAGAAGAGUUGCGCCGGCAGUUCGAGCUGUUCAACAGGCUGAGCUACAACAGCGCGGUCCAAGCCCUUCGUUUGACCUCGGCGAAGGACAGAUAUGAUCUAGGCACGGAAGAGGGUAUCAUGGAGGCGCUGUGGGCCAGCGGAUGGGAGGUUCUGCAUACGUUCAAGGGUGUGCGCGACUCGGAUCUGUCGAAGGCCGUCGUUGAGCCCACGCGGGACGUCGCGCCGCGCUCCCACAUACGUGCGUGGAAGGACGACUUCAACGAAAUCAAGGCCCGUGUACUACUCCUUGAGGGCGAGACGCACAAUGGGCGGAAGGCGGGCGCCAUGCGCUUUACGACCACGGACGCGAUGCGGGAGUUCCAGCGUGACGUCCUGUAUCACCUGCAGCCUACGCAGCCACUUCAGGAUCUGGCGCUCGAGCUCGCAAAUAGGAUGACGGAGAAGGUCGACGGGAGGCUAUGGAUGGGCGCGCACAUGCGGCGCGGUGAUUUCGUCGGCUUGGAAUGGGUGACCUCCAGCUCACCAGCUGGUCAUAUGAUGACCGUGAAGAGCCAUCUCGUCUACGGACGGCGCAUGCUCGAAGAGAUGCACGGAGAACCUCGGACCUACGACAUUCCCGACGUGAAGAUCAACACUGCGUUGCAGAACAGUCCGCCACCCCAGCACAACGAUGCCUUCUACGUCGCAACGGACGAACGCGACCCCGACGCCCUCAAACUCUUCCGCGAGCAGGGUGCGAUCCUACUUCCGGACUUGAUGAGCAUGGCAGACCGCCGCUUGUUCGGCUGGCCUAUCAUGCUGACCGAUGUCCGCGCCAUCGUUGAACAAGAGUUGCUCUCGCACUCGGCAUUCUUCACUGGUACCCAUAUCUCCAGCGUCUCUGGCGGCAUUCUGAACAUGCACCGACCACCACCGACAACGCCAUCAACAGGCCUCAAGACAUACCCGCCCGCCAUGAGCUUCACAGAGUACCAGGUCGUCGGCCGUCAUCUCCCUACGGCGGGUGAGGAGAACCCCAAGAUCUACCGCAUGCGCAUUUUUGCGCCCAACGAGGUUGUCGCCAAGUCCCGCUUCUGGUACUACCUUAGGCAACUUAAGAAGGUCAAGAAGGCGACCGGCGAGAUCAUCGGCGUCAACGUUAUCCACGAGAAGAAGCCGCUGAAGGUCAAGAACUUCGGUAUCUGGAUCCGCUACGACUCGCGCUCUGGCACGCACAACAUGUACAAGGAGUUCCGCGAGCUCUCGCGUGCCUCCGCCGUCAAGGCCCUCUACCAGGACAUGGCCGCCCGCCACCGCGCCCGCUUCCGGUCCAUCCAGAUCCUCCGCGUCGUCGAGAUCGAGAAGUCUGAGGAUGUCCGCCGCCCGUACAUCAAGCAGCUCCUCACGCCCAACCUCAAGUUCCCCCUCCCCCACCGCGUCUCCAAGGCGCGCUCGACCUUCGUCGCCUCGCGCCCCAGCACCUUCUAA